AUGUCCGAUUCCCUGAUUUCACGAGUAGAUACUGGUGGGGAGCAUUUCGACAGUUUGGUGACCUUCAGGUUUAUGCAUGUGCUGGAGUUGCCGGGUGCUUCAAGAGAGCUUGGCGAGGAUGACAACGACGGCCUAUAUCUCAACGUCCGUCCUGACAACAUCGAGGAGGGGCCCUGGUGGGCCUCAUUGCCAGAUAGAAGCUUUGGAGCCUUGCACAGCUCCCUUGAUGCCAACUCUUGGCCCGUGAGCUUGAUUGAGUCUUCCGUCUUUAUCAGAGGAAAUGACGAUGCCAUUGAUUUCUGCGGAGGUUUACUGGAGAUCCGAGAUGUAGAGAUCCGGCGCUGGCAUCAUGAGGGCAUGGCUUUGUCCUCGCCUCUGUGGCUGGCCAGGUCUCGGAUACGCUACCCGAAGCUGUUGCACAGCCAAGUGCUGGUUGUGAAUGCAUACAUCGAGGGUUGUGAACAAGGUCUGGAGGUCGGCUUUGGAGAUGUCGCAGUCGAGAUCCGAAACUCCACCUUCACAUUGAACAGUGUUGGCCUGCGCCGUGGGGAUUCCUAUUCGGUGCCCAAGCGCGUCUACCGAGGAACCUGGAAGGCGAGUGGCCUUCGCUUGCUACACAAUUUUGAAUACAAUCUGCUUCACUGGGUCAACGGCGAGGGCGCAUCACCGAUUUUGGAACAGGACGUGUUGAACUCAGAGAUUGGCAAGCCAUGCCUGCCUUGCCCAAGCCGGUUGGCCCGGACUGCCCUUUCUUCAGAAACCUCGUAUGAGCUGCCGAGUGCCAAGUUCUGGGAGCAAGCCACGGGCCUGAAGAUUGCCAGCCUUGAUGCCUGGCGAGUGGCAUUGCAAGCCCUGGCAUCGGCGACAUUGAGUGCUAAGCCCUUCCUGCACGCACGAUGGGGCCAAGCCAAGCGACGGCAGCCAUGGCAUGGUUUAGCUUGUGGCCUGGCCAUGACACUGCAGCUGGACGCUGGCAAAGUUUACUGGAAGGCCAUGCACUCCCAGAACCGAGAUUUCAAUGACGAGAGCUUCUGGCCAGAGAUUCUCGUCUAUGCCUUGGACGUUGCGCUUGGGGUGUGGACGUCCCUGCCUGCUGUGGGCCGCACCAUGAGUCUUGAUGAAGUGAUGCAGCGCGUGCGCGAUGUGUGUGAGCAAUGCUCGCUACACUUAAAGUUGGGAUGUGUCUCAAGGCUGUCGCGGAUCCUGCCCCGGAUAGAGAUUGAUGGAGCAGCGGUGGCGUGGAGCGAUCGGGUGAGGCCGCUCUUGCGCAGCCAUGCUGACGAGGGAUGGUUUCUCCUGACGGAUGGCCGCAGUCGUUUCCUGAACUUCUAUGACUACGCAGUGUUCAGCUAUCUCUGUCGUUGUGGCAAGAGCACACACAGCCACUUCUAUGCAGACCUUGAUCAGGGUCAAGGAUGGCUGAUCAUGAUGGACAACGAUCGAUGCUUUCAACUUGAAGGAGAAUCAGCACUGGAUACAGUCUCUGAGGACUUUGAGAAGAUGCGGGUAGAUCAAUUCCGCCAAAUCAUUGACACGUGUGACUGGGUGGACGGCUUGUCGAAGCUCCAGCAGUUGUCUGAUGCAUCCCACCCAAUGAGCGUGCGAGUUUUGGAUGCACUGAGGGGUGACCUUGUGAUCGGCAGCCCGGGGCGUGUGGCCAUCCCAUUGCUACCUGUUUUGGAGGAGCUCGACCGACGUGCCCUGCACCUUUCUGAGCGCAUCUCCCAGUGCCAGCUGAAGCCGCAAUCUCCACCACCUUCGAGUCCUUCAGGCUUCGCACGGCAGGGAUGGGCAGAAUGCUGGGCUCCCACGUGGAUUUUGAACUGGGACGUCUGCUGCGAUGCGCGGCAUGGACCUUUGGGCAACAGGAGCUGUUGGAAGCCGCCACGGUCUUUUGAGAGAUGCUGCAUGCGGGCACCACUUACACAGGCAGACUGA